GCUUGGGAACGGUUGCUAGGGGUGGGUAAUGGGUGAAAAAAGGGGGGCGCCGGGGAGCGGAUAAGGAGGGUUAAGGGACGGGGCGAGGGUGGGGAGCAAUGCAAAAGGUAAGGCCAGGUUACCGCGGCUCGGCCCCGAGUGGGCUGCGGCCGGGGGAGGGGCGAGAGAUACAUAUGUAUUUCUGUCUCCCUAGCACACCCCCUUCCCUCUAAGCGAUGGCUGAGAGGCGGUGCAUGCAGAUGGGGACUCUGCUCGCCCCCCAUCUCACCCCCCAAGCUAAGACUGGUCUUCUUGUCGGAUUGCCCAUGCACUUGUUGCAGAAACAACCAAGUGAUCCCAGCUGAAAACUCAUCUAGGACUACCAACCCAAAAGAAAAAAUAUCUUUGCUGUAUCCUUGAAAUUUUCCAUUUCCUUAUGGCCGGGAGGUAGUCGGAUGUGGCCGUUGGGAUUCGUCACUGCCCUUGGCCUCCGCGUCUCUGCAUCCGUUGGUGGGUGUCUGUGGGGCAAUUUCCUCUUCACGUUAAGUAAGCACUGGAGGGGGCCCGUGUGGCCCUUGGAGGCUCCUAUAUUUUCCUCCCAUGGAGGCUAAAGUCAGUAGCAGGGCCCCUUUUGGAUCUUGUGGUUUUUUUCCAUCCCUUGUGCCGGUUGGAAUGGGGGUGUCCUUUUACUUAAUGGUGGUGGGAACCCUGAAUCCUUGCCCAGGGGUCCAGAUCCGUUGUCAGGUGAGAAGAACUUUUAUCCAGCUCCACAGGGUGGAGGGAGGCUGCUGGCUCUGACGUGGCUGCCGCAGGUUCAUGUCAGGCCAAGAGAGCAGCAGCAGGGAAGGAGCCAGAGGCCUGAUAGAGCCACGUUACAGGACCUUCGGAAAACAUCCCUUCGGUCGCCCCAUUCAUUUCUCACAAGAAGGAUGAUAACUUCCUCGUAACCAGGCCUCCUCUUCCUACCUGCCCAGCAGCAUGAGAGCAGCAUGACUGGCCGGCCGCAGGAGAAGCCCCCAGAGCCAGGCCCUCAACUCAGCCAUCUGCUGCAGAGGUCAAGGUGUGAGCAGCAUCUCUUUGCCACGGUGGUGUUUGGUCCAUACCUCAGCCCGGGUGAGGAUGUAAAACCCUCCGCCCUGCACAUGCGUGGUAGAGGCCAACAGGAACACCUGGCUCCAGCCACGGUCACAGACAUGUCAGCCGUGGAGUAGCGUGGACGCUUUGUCUCUGCUUCUCAGGGUUUCAGUCCGUUCAGUUUUGUGUCAUUGAUCUCUUUUUAUGGUUUUGUGGCUGGACGUUCACGACCAAGGCGGGCACCAUGGGAGAUCAGCAGCUGUACAAGACCAAUCACGUGGCCCACGGUGGUGAGAAUCUUUUCUACCAACAGCCACCACUUGGCGUCCACGGUGGGCUGAACCACAACUAUGGGAAUUCAGUCCCCGGGGCUGGAAUGGAUGCCCCCCAGGCAUCACCCAUCUCCCCCCACUUCCCUCAAGACACUCGGGAUGGUCUGGGCUUGCCUGUUGGCUCCAAAAACCUUGGCCAAGUGGAUACCUCGAGGCAGGGAGGGUGGGGAGGCCACGCAGGGCCUGGAAACCAUGUCCAGCUACGUGGCAACCUGACCAACUCGAACAUGAUGUGGGGGGCGCCGGCCCAGGCGGAGCCCAACGAUGGCUACCAGUACACCUACUCCCAGGCCAGCGAGAUCCGGACCCAAAAGCUCACCAGUGGUGUCCUGCACAAGCUAGACUCUUUCACCCAGGUGUUUGCCAACCAAAACCUGCGAAUUCAGGUCAACAAUAUGGCCCAGGUGCUGCACGCCCAGUCAGCAGUGAUGGACGGAGCCCCUGACAGCGCCCUCCGCCAGUUGCUGUCCCAGAAGCCUAUGGAGCCCUCAGCACCGGCUCUCCCUUCCCGCUACCAGCAGGUGCCCCAGCAGCCUCACCCUGGUUUCAGUGGCGGACUGUCCAAACCAGCUCUUCAGAUUGGGCAGCACCCAAGCCAAGGGCACCUGUAUUAUGACUACCAGCAGCCACUGGCCCAGAUGCCCGGGCAGGGAGGACAGUCACUGCAGGCGCCCCAGAUGCUGUCCCAGCACAUGCAGCAGCUGCAGCAGCACCCGUAUUACCCACAGCAGCAGCAGCAGCAAGCUGGGCAGCAGCGGAUGUCGAUGCAAGAAAUGCAGCAGCCACAGCCGCAGCCAGUUCGCCCGCCACAGCCCCAGCAGCAGCUGCCCCAGCAGCAGCUGCAGCAGCGGCAGGGUUCAAUGCAGAUACCUCAGUAUUACCAGUCCCCACCCAUGAUGCAGCAUUUGCCAGAGCCACAGCAGCCGCAGAUGCACCUGCAGCCCGCUUCUUACCACAGGGACCCCCACCAGUACACCCCGGAGCAGGCGCACGCUGUCCAGCUGAUUCAGCUGGGCUCCAUGCCCCAGUACUACUACCAGGAGCCCCAGCAGCCCUACAGCCACCCCGUGUACCAGCAGAGCCACCUGCCCCAGCACCAGCAGCCUGAGGACAGCCAGCCCAAGACUUAUCCAAGCGACAGGCAGGCCCAGGCCAUGCUGAGCUCCCACGGGGACCUGGGGCCUCCAGACACAGGAAUGGGAGACCCGGCAAGCUCGGACCUAAACCGGGUCAGCAGUGCCCUCCCCCACCGGCCGCUCCUGUCCCCCAGUGGCCUCCACCUCAACAACAUGGGGACGCAGCACCAGCAGCUGUCUCCCAGUGCCGUGUGGCCCCAGAUGCACCUACCUGAUGGCAGAGCCCAGCCAGGGUCCCCCGAGUCAAGUGGCCAACCGAAAGGAGUGUUUGGGGAGCAGUUUGAUGCCAAGAACAAGCUGACGUGCUCCAUCUGCCUGAAGGAGUUCAAGAGCCUGCCUGCCCUGAACGGCCACAUGCGGUCCCACGGGGGGAUGAGGGCCUCCCCAAGCCUCAAACAGGAGGAAGGAGAGAAGGCCCCGGCGCCUCCGCCUCAGCCCCAGCCGCCACUGCCACCUCCGCCUCCGCCUCCGCCGCCACCGCAGCUCCCACCCGAGGCGGAAAGCCUCACGCCUAUGGUCAUGCCCGUGUCUGUCCCUGUCAAGCUUCUCCCGCCCAAGCCCAGCUCUCAGGGCUUCGCCAACAGCGUCGCUGCCACCCCCUCGGCCAGAGACAAGCCCGCCAGCUCGAUGUCGGACGACGAGAUGCCCGUGCUCGUGAGGAUGACCCUCUCUCCCCCACACUCACCCCAAGCGGCUGCCCCCCACCCGCCUGCUGAAAUCCCCAAGAAGCACCCGCCCGGCGCGGCCAAGGCCGAGGAAGCCCUCAAGACGGCGCCGGAGAAGAAGAAGUUCCGGCACCGGCCCGAGCCGCUCUUCAUCCCGCCGCCGCCCUGCUACACCGCCAACCUCGCCGCCUCGCACGCGGGCGCCACCCUGUACCAGAGCCAGCUGCGCUCCCCGCGCGUGCUGGGCGACCACCUGCUCCUGGACCCCGCCCACGAGCUGCCCCCCUACACGCCCCCGCCCAUGCUCAGCCCGGUGCGCCAGGGCUCGGGGCUCUUCAGCAACGUGCUCAUCUCCGGCCACGGCCACGGCCACGGCCCCGGCGCGCACCCGCAGCUGCCCCUCACGCCCCUGACGCCCACGCCGCGCGUGCUGCUCUGCCGCUCCCACAGCAUCGAUGGCAGCAACAUGACAGUCACCCCGGGGCCUGGAGAGCAGACCAUUGAUGUCGAACCACGCAUCAACAUUGGCUUGAGAUUCCAAGCGGAGAUCCCAGAACUCCAGGAUGUCUCUGCCCUGGCCCAGGACACACACAAGGCCACCCUGGUAUGGAAGCCCUGGCCAGAGCUGGAAAACCACGACCUCCAGCAAAGAGUGGAGAAUCUUCUGAAUUUGUGCUGUUCAAGUGCGUUGCCAGGUGGAGGGACCAAUUCUGAAUUUGCUUUGCACUCUCUCUUCGAGGCCAAAGGUGAUGUGAUGGCUGCUCUGGAGAUGCUGCUGCUGCGGAAGCCCGUCAGGUUAAAAUGUCAUCCUUUAGCAAAUUACCACUAUGCCGGUUCGGACAAGUGGACCUCCCUAGAAAGAAAACUGUUUAAUAAAGCACUAGCCACUUACAGCAAAGACUUUAUUUUUGUACAGAAGAUGGUGAAGUCCAAGACAGUGGCUCAGUGCGUGGAGUACUACUACACGUGGAAAAAAAUCAUGAGGCUGGGGAGGAAACACCGGACUCGGCUCUCGGAAAUCAUCGACGAUUGUGUGACGAGUGAAGAAGAUGAAGAGGUAGAGGAGGAGGAGGAGGACCCGGAAGAAGACAGGAAAUCCACAAGAGAAGAGGAGAGUGAAUUGCCCAAGUCCCCAGAGCCACCAACGGGCCCGGUCCUGGCUCCCACAGAGGGGCCGCCCCUGCAGGCCCUGGGCCAGCCCUCAGGCUCCUUCAUCUGUGAAAUGCCCAACUGCGGGGCUGACUGUAGAUGUCAUGUCACUCCCUUUCUUCCCCAGGUGUUCAGCUCCCGACAGGCACUGAACGGCCACGCCCGCAUCCAUGGUGGCACCAACCAGGUGACCAAAGCUCGGGGUGCUGUUCCCCCUGGGAAGCAGAAGCCUGGCAGUGCCCAGAGCGGGUACUGCUCGGUGAAGAGCUCACCCUCUCACAGCACCACCAGCGGCGAGACAGACCCCACCACCAUUUUCCCCUGCAAGGAGUGUGGCAAAGUCUUUUUCAAGAUCAAAAGCCGAAAUGCACACAUGAAAACUCACAGGCAGCAGGAGGAACAGCAGAGGCAGAAAGCCCAGAAGGCGGCUUUUGCGGCUGAAAUGGCAGCCACGAUCGAGAGGACUACGGGGCCAGUCGGGCCGCCGGGGCUGCUGCCCCUGGACCAGCUGAGUCUGAUCAAGCCCAUCAAGGACGUGGACAUCCUCGACGAUGACGUCGUCCAACAGUUAGGAGGCGUCAUGGAAGAGGCCGAGGUCGUGGACACCGGUCUCCUCUUAGAUGAUCAAGAUUCAGUUUUGCUUCAGGGUGAUGCGGAACUCUAAAGCCCUGUGUGUUGCUUAGAGACAGCGAAAACCCAUGGUCUCCAUCCUCGUUCAUCAGGAAACCUGGACUGCCUGCUUGUUUUGUAACCAUUUUAAACUACCUGUUUAAAAAAUGGUCGUUUUUUUUCAGGUUUAGAAAAAAAUUGGGGUUUUUUCCUUUUAUUUAAAAACAACUGUUUUUGUGGGAGGUUGGGGGGGAAUAAAUACUUGGCACAAUUCUAUUUUAAGAUGUGUUUCAUCUGGGCUACAUUCCCAUGAACUCAUUCCUGGCUGGGAAUGAACCUGACGUCCAUGUUCUUUUGCUUUCAGAUGCCAACCAUUCUGGUUGCCUUUUAUUUCAAAGCUUGCGUGAGUGAGCAAGCGUGUGUGUGUGUGUGUGUGUGUGUGUGUGAAGCAGGCUACUUUCUUUGUGCUGGGGUCUUGGGCCAUCCUUUCCCACCAAGAGUCAUUUUUGUGCUGACCUCAUUCCGCAGUUUGCAGUGAACAUGACGUCUGCCGGGAGACCAUGCUAGGGAGUAGCUUUCCAGUGAGCAAAGCCAGCCCUGUGUUCCGCGGCCUUCUUCUAGCACACACGUCAUUUGAAGAGUUGACCAAAUGUGAAAAUAAUUUUUCUCCCUGCCCUGCCUGUCAUUUGGCCUGUUUCUAAAAACUGAGUACUGUAUUAUUACAGGCUUUUCCUCCCUGGCAGUGAUUUACUAAGAAGAUGGUUUAUAGAACAAGUGGGUCCUCUUCCCAGUUCUCUGAAGACUGGUUGACUCCAAUUCAUGGGUUAACAAAGGCGUGUUUCAGCCUGAGACGACUGGAAAUCCAUCUGGAGGAAAAUAACCCCAACUGUUAAGUUGCCAGGGCUGUCUUUAGGGAGGAUGGUCGAGGAGCACAGAUUAUAGUCCCUGGAGUGCCAAGAGGUCUUCUUUUGCCCAAAAGCUAGAUCAGAAGAGCCGAUUCUUUUUUGCCGCACUGUUAAUGGUUGGUGGAGUUCUGAAAUUACUGUGUGCCACUUGGAAGUACUGUGAAACCUCUUUCACUGGGAUUUUGCUGUCGUUCCCCCAUGCUGGACCAGAGUUUCCCUUGACGCUCACUCUGAGGAAAAGGGUUUUCUAACAAAUCUGAUGGCAAAUGCAAGGGGAAUAGCAUUAAAGGCCAACAAAAAUGGUUUCAGGUACCAGUUCAGCUACCAUGUUUGCAUUCAAACAAUGAAUGUACUCAAAGUCAUUUACCAAAGUCCUCCUAGAAUUCUCCAAGCUACAUGACUCUGCUCUGCCUCUUCCUGUCCCUGUCAGCAGGGUUGCUGUUCAUACUUGAAGGUAAUAAACCUGUAAUCCUUCAAAAAUGGCAUUUAGCUCAGGCUUUUGAGUUGAGUCAGACUCCUCCAUGGCUUCCGUCAGGGCAAACGAGUGUGCACCUUCAGACUGGGACGUGGCCCCAGCUCAGAGCCAAUGUUUCUGGCUGGUGACUUCCGAGCAGGGGCUUUCAGGCCUUCCCCCACCCCAGGUAGGCCAAUGCCCCAGCUCCUGCAGGUGUGGCAAUCCUGCCAGGGUCCUUUCCUGGCACAGUAAUAGUUUGAAGUUAAAGAGGAUGUCAGCGGAAGCAUGAGGAUAGGACCUGAGCAUCUUUAUCUCAUCAAAAGCAUUUAGUGAACACUUAAGACCCACAGCGGCCCCACGCAGGCAGUGACCUCUGAAUCUCAGGAAAGCCAUGGACAGAAGAUGAAUACAAAGGUUCUUUUCAUUGCCACCAUUCUGUUUUCAGAAAAGGGGGUCCUGAAGAUUUCCUUUAUCUUUCUUUAGGGGUAAAAGUAUUUCAUUUGCUGACAUUUCUGACAGAUGAUUCUGUUUUGAGUUCAGAACUGCCUGGGCAGGGCAUCAGCUUGUGGCAGAACUAUUCCAGAACGAUUCCAACUGUAACAUCGGCUGAUCCCAUGUGUCCCAGGGGCUACUUCCCUCUGCUUGUUGGUGUCUGAGAGGGAUUCUGGAAUAGUUCUGCUGUUGGGUCUAUGAAAGCUUAUCUAGCAAAGGAGCAAACACCCGGAAAAAAAUGUUUAUAAAGCAAAUGUACUCGUUCUGUUUGGAGAGUUGCCCGGCCGUUCCAGUUUAAAACAUUAAAAUAAACUGAGUUGCCAAGGCAAAAAUAUAGUGCACAAUUUAAUUUUGAUUUUCCAUGCAGUAUAGCAUUCGCAUUUUUGACUUGAAAGAACCAAAGAACUCCUCCUUGACGAGACAGUUCACUUUCCUGAAUUAGUAUUUUUCUUCACAGUAUCAACUUAGAGUUGACUUCAUAGUAAAAUAUUGCACUUAUUUGUUUUCCUGAAAUGAUUCCGCCUGCAUGUCUGUGUUGUAUCUCCCCACCCCCACCUCUCCCCGCCCUAAAGAACUUUUCUUCCCAAUGGUUUAUGUCUUCAACACAGUUACUGUUUACUAUCGGAUAGUUUUCCAUUAGUGAAUUUAGACCUCUUUGAGAAAGCUUGUAUAUAAAAAGUUAAAAGAUAUAUUUUAUGGAAAAACCCAUCUUAUUUUCAAAUAUAUUUAUCUGCUGUUCUAUUUUAUUAGAGGAAGGGUGUAAAUAUUUUCUAGGAGUUCUAUUGUAAAGAAAAGUAUUUUUGAAAAAAAUUAAUGUAAUAAAAACGAAAACAUUUUUAAAUAGUGGUUGUGAUGGCUUCCUGUUCUGGCUUCGUUGUGUUCUAUUUGCGGGAAAUGACUUGCAUGCCUUCCCAUUUUAGGAUGUAAUUUAUUCCGGUUUGCACUAUUUUAAGUUGACAUCAUAAUAUCUAAUGUGCUUCACUGUAUUUUCCCCGGAAUGCAGGUCCCUUGGUCCAUAUCAAAAGCACUAUGUAUAGCAUAUUCAUACUUUUUUCUUUUGUAACGUGUGUAUUUUUAAUAAGGAUUUUAUGUAACAUUUUGGCACAAAGAGGACAGUAUUUUCUAGUGAAUUUUGUAAUACAUUUUGCUAAAAAUGUUUCUUCUUAGGUCAGUUUUUGUUAAGGUGAACCAAAAGUCUUAUUUUCCCAGGGGUUCAAAAAAAAGUUCGAAGCUUGAAAGCAAAGUUAUAUUUAAACAUCCUAUGUAACAAAUAAAUAAAGAUGUUUUAUAGACUUGUCCUCAAAAGGUGCAUUCCUUAAAAACAAAAACAACUAGGGCAUUCUAGGUUGGUUUUCCCCCUGAGUGAUGAGCAUUUUAAUUGCCACAAUACUUUUUUUUCCAGAAAGCAAGCCAGGAGAAUUUUACUUAAAAGGUUCCAGUCAUCAGCCUUCUCAGAAAUUUAUUACAGUUCUUAUAGAUAGGCAUUCAUCAAACAGAGUUGUAACCAAAUAGACACUGUCAUAUUUAUUUGUGAAAACCCGAUUCAAUAUUGCAUCAGCU